CACAUUUUUGGAACCGGAGGUGCCUCGUAUUACCCGUUUAUUUUCCUCACAAAUUAACUGGAGACAUGUUACUAUACACAAUCAUUCUGUUUGGAGUGCUGCUUUACGCGCUGCUAAAAUACAUCUACUCCUUCUGGGAUCGCCAUGGACUGCCAAAUUUGCGCCCACACAUUCCCUUCGGGAAUCUUCAAACGGUCGCCCUGAAGACAGAAUCGUUCGGAGUCGCAAUCAACAACCUGUACUGGCAAUCGAAGGGAGCACUGGUUGGAAUCUAUCUCUUCUUCCGGCCAGCCAUCCUGAUCAGAGACCCUCAUUUGGCGCACCGGAUCAUGACCUCGGACUUCAGCAGCUUUCAUGACCGAGGAGUUUAUUGUAACGAAGAGGGCGACCCCUUCUCGGCGAACCUGUUCGGCCUAUCCGGAAAACGAUGGAGGAGCCUUCGGAACAAACUGACUCCAACUUUCUCCUCCGGGCAGUUGCGAGGUAUGCUCCCCACCAUUCUGGAGGUGGGUGAUAAGCUGAAGACACACUUACAGUCGCACGCUGAUAAGGGUGAAGUAGUGGAGAUGCGCGACUUGCUAUCGCGGUUUGUGCUGGAGAUAAUCGCUUCGGUGUUCUUCGGCGUCGAAGCGAACUGUAUCCACGACCCCAACGAUUCGUUCCGGGCCGUGCUUCGCAACGCUCAACGAGACCGACUAUCGACAAAUUUCCGCACGGCGGCCAUAUUCGUCUGUCCUGGACUGCUGAAGCUCGUCCGGACAACGUCGCUGCCGACGGAGGUUAUCGAGUUUGUGACGCAAAUAGUCACCCACCAGAUUGAGCAACGCGAACGGAACGGGGUGACGCGGAAGGAUUUCAUCCAGCAGGUGAUUGAUCUCCGACAGGAGGAUAACAAAAGCAAGGAGCUCUCGCUGAGUUUGGGUCAGUGUGCGGCGAAUGUGUUUCUGUUUUACGUAGCCGGCUCGGAAACCUCAACGGCGGCGAUCAUGUUCUCGUUGCACGAGCUCACCCAGAAUCCCGAGCUGAUGGGAAGACUUCAGGCGGAAAUCGACGAAACCUUGAAGAAGACGAACGGAGAAAUCAACUACGAUGCUGUGAAUGGUAUGAAAUUGUUGGAUAUGUGCGUUAAGGAAACUUUGAGGAAAUAUCCGGGCCUUCCGAUAUUGAACCGCGAGUGUACGGAAGAAUACAGGGUACCGGAAUCGGAUGUGAUUAUCCGGAAGGGCACCCAAGUCGUUAUACCACUACUGGGAUAUAGCAUGGAUGCGAAGUAUUUCCCCGAGCCCGAUCGAUAUUAUCCAGAACGAUUCGAGAAAGAUAAUAAGAACUACGAUGAGAAGGCAUACUAUCCCUUCGGGGAAGGUCCUAGGAAUUGUAUCGGGUUCAGGAUGGGUGCUGUGGUUUCCAAAAUCGCAUUGAUUAUGCUGUUGUCGAACUUCAAUUUUGAAGCGGUCCGUGGGCCAAAAAUAGAUUUUGUUCCUUCGUCCGUGGGAUUGGUACCUAUCGAUGGGAUGCCAUUGAAGAUAACAAAAAGGGCUGGAGCAACACCAGAAAUAUGAAUGCCAUGCCCCUGAUUGAUCUUAUAAGAGGGAAGCCGCUGCAUUUGAACGAUAAUAAUGCUGACUGUUUAUUAUUUUUUUUAUAUAUUUGUUUGUAUUAAUUUUUAAAAUUUCUGUUCAUUCGAUUCUGUGUAUCGAGUAGAAUAAAUGGAAUUUAUUUUUCA